GAAAUGAGAUGAUUAAUUAAGUUAAGUAGUAUGGCAGGGAAAGGCGUGCUAAUACAUUACCUUUUAGUUCUACUACUCUCUUCAUUCACCCAUGUAAAAGGCUUUGACUUGGGUGAUAUAUUAUUCCCCCCAUUUCUUUAUCCAUUACCUUUCGAUUAUUAUUAUGAACAAACUCCUCGGGACAACGAGCCAUCAUCACCAUCACCACCUCCAUCAUCAUCAACACCACCACCGCAUCAACAGUCACCACCUCCACCAUCACCAUCACCACCACCGCCGCGUCAACAGUCACCACCACCACCACCACCGUCAACAGACCCAUCAAUUUUUAUUCCUCCUUUUUUAAUCCCCCCUAAUGAUAAAUCUCCUCUAAUUGCUCCUCUAAUACCCAUCGUCUCAUCUACUAUUAACCCAACGACGCCACCAGCACAAUCAUCACCAUCAGUUGAUAAGUCACCACCUUCACCUUCCCAAUGUAAGCCAUCACAACCUAUUAAGCUAACACCACCUCCACCAGCAAAGGAACCACCAGUAAAGGCACCUCCACCAGCAAGACUACCAACUCCACCACCAGUUAAGCCACCAUCUCCAUCACGACCACCGCCACCACCUUCUAAGAAAUCGCCUCCACCAGCUCCUCCUCCGUCAAUAGCUAAUCCACCAGUAAUGGCACCAUCUCCUCAUCCACCUGUAAUAAUAGCCCCAGUUCCAUCUUCACCAGUGGCGAAACCACCUGUUAUUCCACGUGAACCAUCUCUUCCUGCCGUCACAACUCUAACGGUGAAUGGAGUUGUUUACUGUAAACCCUGCAAUAGCUAUGGAGUUCCCAAGCUCCUCAACGCUACCCCAAUCCAAGGAGCUUCUGCGAGACUAGUUUGUUACAACGGGAAGAAUGCAAUGGUUCAAUCAGCCGUAACAGACAAGAAUGGUGAGUUUCGAAUUACGCCCAAAUCGCUAAUGGGAGCAGAUAUCGGCAAGUGCAAGGUAUACUUAGUGAAAUCACCAAAUCCUACUUGUAAUGUACCAACAAACUUCAAUGGCGGAAAAACAGGUGCUCUAUUGCAACAUGUCGUACCUCCUAAGCCAUCGGCAGUGGUACAACCACCCAUGUCUGAUUUAUAUGGUGUUGGACCUUUUAUUUUUGAAGCAUCAAGCAAAAUACCAUGUGCUAUGCAUAGAAAAUUAUAUAUGGCUUUUACGUCAUCAAAGGCCAUGGUGCUCAUACAAGUUUUCGCAUUAGUAGUUGCCUCUUUCUCAGAGCUCAGCUUUGGUGAAGUCGCUGAAAAUUCUUCAUUAGACAAUCAUCAUGAGGACAGUGAAAUCAUCUCAACCAAAGGGUUAGGGAUUGGACGCGUUCCUAAGAAAAGUCCUUCUACACCUGCUAAACGACCAUCACCAUCACCAUCACCACCAGCUAAGUCAUCACCACCACCGUCACCGCCAGCUAAGUCACCACCACCACCGCCAGCUCAAUCGCCACCACCACCAACUCAAUCACCACCACCACCUUCACCCUCACCACCACCAUCAACUCAAUCACCACCGCCACCAACACCAACUAAGUCACCAUCACCACCUUCACCCUCGCCACCGCAACCAACUCAAUCACCACCGCCACCAACACCAACUAAGUCACCAUCACAAUCAUCGCCACCACCACCAAAUAAGUCACCACCACCAGUUCAAUCACCUCCACCGCCACCACCAGUUCAAUCACCUCCACCGCCAUCACCACCACCACCAGCUCAAUCACCUUCAUCGCCACCAACAAUACCACCACCAGCACCUCCACCACCACCCCAAUCACAAAAACAAACACCUCCACCGUCACCAAUUGCUCCGCCACCAGCAAUCCAACGCGCACCACCACCAGCUACUCAGCCACCAAAACUACCACCACCAGCUACACAGCCACCAAUAAGCAGACAACCGCAGCCAUCACCACCUACCCAGCCACCAAUAAACAGACCGCCGCAGCCAUCACCACCAGCUACUCAGGUACCAAUAAGGAGAACACCACCAACUAGUAAACCACCUAUCAGGUCAUCGCCACCACCACCAACUGAUUAUGAUGAACCGCCAGACAUCGAGCCACCCGUUGAUCAGGAGCCACCACCCGUUUCUCAUGAUCCACCACCAAUUAAUCAACCACCUAUUAUACCAUUUCCACCAACUCUAAGUCCACCAGUUAAGCUUCCACCACCAACAAUUCAUCCCACCGGAAAGCCUCUAAUCGUCGUCGGCCGUGUGAAUUGCAAAUCUUGCAGUAACAGAGGCCUUCCUUCUCUCUUUAAAGCCUCCCCACUCCACGGAGCUUCAGUGAAGCUAGUUUGUCACAAUAAUGGAAGAAAGGCACAUGUUCAAACAGCAUUGACAGACAAGAAUGGUGAUUUCUCUAUCACACCCAUAUCUUUAACCAGAGCAGAUGUACACAAAUGCAGAGUAUACUUAGUGAAAUCACCCAAACCAAUUUGCAAUGUGCCAACAAAUUUCAACAAUGGAAAAUCUGGUGCUCAAUUGAAACCUAUCCUGCCACCGGGUAAUCAUGGCCCAGGCCCAGGCCCAAUGUUUGAUUUCUUUGGUGUUGGGCCUUUUAUAUUCGAAGCCCCAAACAAAUUCCCAUGCAGAAAGUAAAAAUUGAGCUCUUCAAUAUUAAUGGAGUACUUAGCUAGGAAAAUAAAAGUAUGGAGUUUCUCAAGGAAAAUGCUUUUAUCUUUUCCUUUCUCUAGUUUCACACGAACGAUACUUGCGCUACAAAUCAAAUUCAAUAAAAAAAAAUUAAAAGUUUAUAAUA